CACUACUAUAUAACAAAUAAUUUGAGCUCUAUGAAUUUGAAAUGAGAAAGCAAUGAGUGGAGUGCAGUAUGUUGGGUCAAUGACCCCAGAGCAGGAAUCAAGAACAAUACAAAGUGCCAAGUUGCGAGCAACAUGGCAAAGAUUUGCCACGUCCCACCAAGUAGGAGACAUUGAAGCAACAAAUGCCAGCUUGGACAUCCACCUGAAGGAGAUGAGAUCGGUGUAUGGGUUUCAUCAUGACACUCUCCAGCAAUCUCUGACCAGCUCUCUAUCCAAGCAACAGGAAGCCCAGCUAAAUCUGAAGAAUCAUCAGAAUGACCUUCCAAAGAUCCUAGCUAAAGAGCUGGAGAAUCAGAUGAGCUACCUUAAAGAAGUUUUUGACUCAGGAGGGGACGCUACGCUGCCCCUAUCUCGAGCUCACGGUCUCAUACUUUAUCUGGUGAUAUUAUCGAGAUGCAGCGAGAACAUACAGCCACUAUCGCAAGCUCAGCUGGACGUGUCCAUAUCAUACGCAGCAGUUGUCACUUCUCAGACCCUUACUAAGACGUGUAUAGCUGUUGUGAACAAUGCUAAUCUGCCUGUCAGUAAUGUCAACGCUAACCAAGCAGUAGCUAACUGGCUACAAGCCAUACUUUUAGAGAUAACAUGCUAUUACAGUUUCAUGUGCGAUAGACAGAACAACUGGAUGAACAUUGUCAAGAGCUGUAAAGAAGAGACCCUGCUAGACGCACUAGCACUAGACGACCCCGCCAGUAUACAAGCUCCUGUAGUAGUGUCUAACCUCAGCGCUCACAGCGUUCUCAACACCACUGCUAGAGGCAACUUUAGGAUUGCCAUUAAUGGUAUCUUCAACAGUAAAGAGUGUAAAGUUAAGCACAAGCUCUUAGCUUUGGAUUUGUUAGGAACAUUCCUUUGUGGAGGAGAGUCUCCUCACGUGAUUCUGACUGAAGUGUGCUACAACAUGUCCUGUCUGGUGUCGGAAACAGCGUGUGGUAUUAUAAACGACAGUACGUUCACAGCCUUACUCUCCCUGAUAAACACGUGCCCUGAACACAGAGACCUAGUUAUACAGUGUGUUCUUAUCUACAUUCAGCAGACCCACAACUCCAGACCUGAUAAGAGACAAAUUGACGUCAGAUCCCUGCUGAGCAUUUACCUUCAGGAAAUUUCUCUCAAAGCCAAGGAUGAGGAGUAUGAAAUGCUUUCCCUGUACAUCGAACUAAUCCCCCGGAUUCUGAGAGUGAAGGACCGACCGUCUCUCCAGUCGUCUUUCCUCGGAGUGUUCGUGUUCGAUAAGUUGUUCAGAGUUUUGAGCGAGUGCAACGCUCGAGAAGCUGUUAUUAUCAGUUGUAUCAGAGCCUACUCUUCACUGAUGAGAAAAUCAUCCUCAUCCAAAGAGGAGUUCGAAGCCCACAUAGGGUAUUUAAAAAUGCUGGAUAAUAUAACAUCCCCCUCUCUCAAGAUCAUACAAGCUAUCCUUGACAUGGUCGUGGAAGGACAACAUAAAGCAGAGUUUAUUGUAAUCCAGAACUUGGAGCUGCUAAAAGUGUUUCUCAAGUGGUCCUUCACCAUGCCUGGGGAUUCUGAGAACGAGUUCUUAUCAUAUCUUCUAGAUAAGAUCCUGGAUAUAAUCACUGCCAACAUGCUAUCAGUCAUGAGGUGCAGCAGUGGCGGGAUAAUAACAGUUAUAACAAGUUUCCUGUCCUCCCCCACACGACCCCUCACCUCACAUCUUGUCGAGCAGCUCCUGGCUAUAGUGGAGAAAAUAGGAGGGUAUUCUAUAUCUGCGAUCGAGGUCCGACAAUUCAUCCUCCUAUUUCAAGUAGAUUAUCAGAUUCCGAAUUUCACGGAAAGGUUACAAGUUUCUCUUGAAAGGAUGGCGAAAGGAAAAGGGGCUGAGGGUCCUAACCACUUCUUCGAUCUACAGCACCAAACUGCCGGUAUAACUGUUCCAGAGAUAAAAGUGUGGCCGCACGGUAAGAAUUGUUACACGUUUGUGUGCUGGUUUAAACUAGACCUGAAGAGUGCCGGACGUCGUCCCAUGUCCCCCGACACAACCCUCUGUGAAGAGAGAUAUACCUUAUACAGUUUUUACAAUGCUAACGGCUACGGGUUCGAAGGAUUCUUCCGACCGGACGGAACACUACACAUAGCAGUUUGUAACCGAAAAGAAUUCACAACAACUUCUGUUGAUCACAACUUUCUAGACAACAAAUGGCACUUUCUGGGCAUCUCCCACCGCGGGUCUCCCCUCCUGGGAAUGGGUGAAGUGUGUGUCAGGAUAGACAAGAAACUUACCAACAAACUCCAACUAGCUUCCAUUAACUGUAAUCAGCCGUUCACCUCCAACACUAUUGGUGGAGCGGGAUUACGGCAAGCAAACAGUAAAGAUAGAAGAGGGAGUGGCAAUAUUCUGACCGAGUUCGGCAGCUUUAUAUCCAGCAAAACAACCGCUAACAAGGAUGUGAACGUUGUAACGGUAACGCCCGGACUACAAGACGAACACUACGGUAUCCCCACCUCACUUCACGGCCAGCUAGGUCCUGUGGCUCUCUUCUGGGAAUCUCUUAGUCCGCAGGAACUCAUCGAUAUUCACACUGUUGGACUAAACAACUUGGCUCUGUUCCAGCCCCAUUACUCUGGACCCCGGAAGGAAACUCUUUGUGAUCUCUCAGACAAACUUAUACUUUACUACAGCGCCAAGGCGUCAAAGGAGCACGUGGUACUAGACCUGGUAGCCAACAAGACACCAGCAGAGCGGUUAAACGGCCGACUCACUGGACACAAUCUCAGCACCUGGAACAUUAAGGAUAUCCUGGCAUGUGUGGGUGGAGUGCAGCUGAUAUUUCCUCUUCUGGAGAGUAUAGGACCGGUUCCUGAACCUGCUAACUCCUCUCUACACUCACAACUUAAACCGGUUUACCUCCGGUCCCAUUACACCAGUGAUUCCUCUGUUGGCAUCCACGAAGGUAAAGUGGAAGAGCUAGGAGAAGAUGCAAUAGCUUCAGGGCACGCUUCCCCAGCUGGUUUUGAUGUGGUCCAAGAGAGCGGAUCUAUACAGUCCCUGCCAGAUGAGCCAGAAGCACAGAUUAGCAACAAUGAUGAAUCACAUGUGGAGAAGACCGAAAAUAGAGUUGCCAGAUUCGUAAUCCUCCUUGAAGAGAUGUUAAGGGACUGUCCAACGAAUCAAGAAUCUUUACUAAGCACCAACGGAUUUGCUGUUAUCAGUGCACUUCUCAUAAAUACACCUCCAGAUGAAUUGAAUAUGACAUUGGUGAAGGCCCUACAAUCUUUAUGUCUGCUUCUGUCUUACGAUGUCAACCCAACUAAUUCUAGUGACGAAGCAUACUCUCCUCUUCUACACGACAUAUACCAGCACAUCUUGUUCAACUUUGAGCUGUGGUCAAAAGUGGAUCAUGAAGUGAGAAUUGCCCACAUCCAGUAUCUGAGCGUGAUAAUAAAGGAUAAUCUACAACUGUGUCGCAGACUGUACGGAGUGCAGUUCAUGUUGGACGCUGUUAGACUCUACUGUUCUAGCAAUAUAGAGCAGCCUGACACUGCGUGUGUCCUCAGACGUGCCAUAUUUGGGUUCGUGAAGUUUUACAUGAGACAUGGUAUCCAGGUAACGGAGGUCAAGUCUAUUCUAGCUUUCAUCGCAGUUACCCCAGAUCUGGAUCAGAAACUAGAAGCUAUAGAGCUGAUAACAGUGCUAGUAGAAGUUCCGCCCACAAGUUUGCCUCUAGCAAGAUGUCUAGCCUCGCAAGAUGCUCAGGAUCUGUUGGUAGGGCUGCUACAUACCCCUUGUAAUGAACUCAAGUCAUCUCUCCUCAAGCUAGUACGAACAGUAGUAGACACGUGCUGUAAGAACAAGAUCCCGCUCCACUCCACCCAGCUGUGCUACGUAGGGGAGGCGGUGAUGGCGUGCAGUAUUGACGGUAACCCGGAGAUAGUGAACGAGCUGCUGGCUACUGUCUCCAUCGUCGUCAACAGUGCUACUGAACUUAACCAACUACCGGACGUGUUGUUAAUGCAGUCUCUAGUGCAGCUACUACCCCGGUUUGGUCUCACUACUCGCCUGCACGUGGUACAGGAGCUACUGGUACUCACUAGAACUAACCUAAAGUUGGGGGAACAGUACAGUUUACUACCUUCCUGGUACAACGCCGUACUCUGUCUUAUGCUCGGAGGAGGGAGUGAGGAGGAGGGAGGACUACAAGAGCAACUAUUUGUAACUAUAAUGGAGCUGCUACACACCAUACUGUGGAGGUACUACGAGAAAGCAGGCUCCCUCACUAAGGACCAGAUAGGAAGGAUACUGCUUGCUGUUGAUGAGCUGGAGAGCAAGAUAUUUAAAACUACUUCUGUUAUCAAGAUGAGGUUGUUUGAGCUGAUAAUACACUCCAUGAACCUGGAGCUGAAGAGGUCGGGAUAUGACGGUGCUAUCACACCAGACCACACCUCACUGUUAGAGCUGUUAGAGCACUUCAUGUUUAGUAAGGAGGGGCUGGAGGAGGAGGAGGAGGAGGAGGGGGAUUGGAGUGAUCUUAGUUGUGUUAAGCAGUGGUCUUCUAAGUUGGUACAAGAGAUCCUCCUGUUCUUCAACCUGCUGGGAGUAUGGGACGGUAAGAGUGAUAUGGAGCUAUACAGGAUUAGUCUUAGAGUUCUCCUGGGCUGUCUUCAUCACCAUAGUUACGAGUACGUUUCAACAGCUGCCUCCAAACUCCACACCCUACUAGACCACCCCUACUUUGAGUCCUACUACACAGCUAGUUAUGUGCUAGGAGCACUGCACUUCGUUAUAGCACCCACACUUGAGGACGAAGUGAACCAGCUGCACAUCUUGCUAAUCCCCCUGGUGCACACAGCCCUCACACGGUGGGGCACUAUUCUGGGGCUAGAUCAGUCAGCACUGGAUCAGUUGCCUGGAGACGAGCACUCUCCUGACUUCAUGGACGACUUCUCAUGUUCAUUGAUACACAUGAGUGGGAGAGCUUUAUUAGUAACCAGGUGUAUCCGGCAGUAGCAAAGUUCUCUAAAGAAAACAACGACACAGCAGUAGCCGCCACUGCUAGAGAGUUCCUGAAGAUACAGGAGUUGUUGGAGGAAGAUAUUAUCCUGAUGAACAGAGCUAGGAUGGAGCGGUUAGAGGGCUAUGAGAAGGACAUUACGACCCAGUACAAGAAACGUGUUGAGUUUGAAGUUAACCGACAUAUUCUGGACACCAACGGUCGACACAACAAACAUCACGCCAUAAUAAAGGAGUGGAAAGAACGCAAGAAGUUCAUGACAUCAGACCGGGGUGUGUGGGGAGGCGAUGGCAACAAGACCCCUCUCUACUGGAAGAGGGAUACCCACGAGAACUACACCAGGAUGAGACUCAGGACCUGUCCUAAUAAUGAGUUUAACCCUCAUAACGACGCUAAGUUCUACGAUGAGUACGAUGUCUUGAGAGAAGAGAGCUCGGUUAACCUGCUGGGAGUAUCAGAGGAGGCCCGGAUAAGAGCUGACAAGGAGACCCAGGAGUCCUGGGAAGUGGUCAUGAACAACAACAUUCCUGAUGUCACCGACGACGAACAGCUUAUAUUCUUCGAGGACUGUCACCUGGUGACACUGCUCAAUAUAAUCCCUGGCACCCUGAAAGUUUCACCUACUCACAUCUACUUUUACGAGCAUGAAAAGGAUGAAACUCACCACAAAUUGUCCCAUAACAAUCUGGUGUGGAAGAUAAAGGACAUCCGUGAGAUUCACUUGAGAAGAUAUAAUCUCAGAUACUCUGCUAUUGAGUUCUUCUUAACGGAUCAGACUAACCAUUUUAUUAAUCUGAGCAAAUACCACCGCAACAAAGUUUACAGCAAGAUAAUGUCUCUGAGACCAGCAAACCUAGUUCACGGCAUUACCCGCACCCCCGAGGAGAUGGUCGCCAGUUCCAACAUCACUAAAAAGUGGAUGGAGAGGAGAAUCUCCAACUUUGAGUACCUCAUGAACUUAAACACGAUCGCUGGACGAACCUACAACGAUCUCUCCCAGUACCCCGUCUUCCCCUGGGUGUUGACUGAUUACCUGAGCGACUCUAUAGACUUUGAGAGCCCUCUCUGUGAAUGUUUCAGGGACUUCAGCAAGCCUAUCGGAGCACAGAUACCAGAGAGAGCAGAGCACGCAGAUAUAAAGUACCACUCCCUCCCUCAGGACGGUCUGGACCCUCCCUUCCACUGGGGAACACACUACAGUAACCCAGGUGCUGUGCUUUACUACCUGGUUAGGAUGGAGCCCUACACUUCACUUCAUAUUGACCUUCACGGCAGGUUCGACCACCCUGACCGGCACUUCUACAACAUCAACAACAGUUUCAAUAGCUCCACCAGAGGUCAGGGCGACUGCAAGGAGCUCAUUCCGGAGUUCUUUUACCUCCCUGAGUUCCUUGUUAACUCUAAUGAGUUUGAUUUUGGGACCAGGCACGAUGGGAAGCCUGUGGGAGAUGUUAUUCUACCUAACUGGGCUAAAUCACCUGAGGAUUUCAUUGUUAAACACAGAGCGGCGUUAGAAAGCGACUACGUAUCGAACAAUAUAAACUACUGGAUAGACCUGAUAUUUGGGUACAAACAGAGGGGGCAGGCUGCUAAAGAGGCUCUUAACGUCUACCACUACACUAGCUACGAGGGUAUGGUAGAUCUAGAUAACGAAAAAGACCCCAAGAAACGGCGGGCACUGGAGGCUCAGAUCAGUAACUUUGGACAGACACCCCGUCAGAUAUUCAAGGAACCCCAUCCUAAGAGAAUGAAUCUGUCAGAGGCAUCCUCACUUAAGGGUUCAGCUCUAUCACACGUGCUAAAUGCACCCGCCCUGAAAGCUAAUGCAAUACAGAUGGGUGCUCCCGAGAACCCACUCAUAUUUGCGGGAGUCAGUGGAGGGUCUCCCAAUCAAGUUAUAGAACGGGGUGUCAUGGACAACCUGGUUACGAUAUCCAGGAAUGGAGUGUAUGGUAUCCACAACUGGUUAGCAAGGUGGACUGGAGCUCAUCCUUUCUACUGUGAGAAGGAUACUCAGCUAGAAGAAGGAGUAAGGUGCGUAUCAGGGCCCUUCUCCCCCGGAGCCCGCACACCCUGCAACCUAGUGCGACUAAGUGCGGACGGGAAGGUGCUGUUCACAGCCGGACUCUGGGAUAACAGCAUCAGAACAGGACGUGUGAACCAGCACGAGAUAAUCCCUCUAGGAGUUCUCUACCACCACAAGAACGUGAUAUCCUGCAUGGAACUAGAUGGGAAGUACCUAGCUACCGGUGGUAGAGACACCACGGUAGUGAUCUGGAAGUUGCUGAGGAAGGGAGGUGAGUGUAACGGACUGAAGCCUCAUCCCAGUGCGAUAUUAUACGGCCACAACUCGGAGGUGACGUGCGUGGCGCUGAGUCAGGAGCUGGAUAUAGUGGUGUCUGGAUCUACAGAGGGCAUUGUCCUGAUUCAUACCCUGAAACAGGGAACCUAUAUCCGCACUCUGGUGCCCCAUGUUCCCACGGAGCCUGACUCGGACCACUUCACUGUGUCCUUUGUGGGUAUUGCUAGUAACGGGAACCUUGUUAUUGCUGGCAAGCUGCCAAGUAACAAGGGCGGUCACCACUCUGUCAUAUACCUCUACACUCUGAACGGGAAGCUGAUAAAGCGAGCUAAGUUAGAGGACGAAACAAGUGCCAUGUUCCUGGAGGGGAACAGAGUAGUGUUGGGAGGAACUACUGGGUCUCUGGAGAUACGGGACACUGACUACAUCAACAUCAAACAUAAACUAAGGCUCAAGACAGGGGUGGUGGCUGUGUCCAAGGACCCUAGAAACCAGCAUUUGUUUGUUACGACCACUGAUGGCAAGCUGCUUAUAUUAACUGCUACAGCUAAACCUUUUAGUAAAACUAAAAAGUAGUGGAAUUGUGUGCAUGUUUUUACAAGGAAAAUUAAGUUUUUAUCGUGUUUCUGUAGUGCUUGUAUCUGAUCUUAUAAGAAAGAUCAAUUUGAAAACUUACAAAUAACAGAAAGUAAAAUUUAAGUUUGAUUUAAGUUUGAAGGAUUGAAUUGCAGAGGAAAGUAUCCACUUGCACGGUUAUACAAUUCUUACUUGAGUUCUAUAAAGUUAUUCUACUGAUACGGCACUUUUUUGACGACAUCAAUUAUAUAAUUUGAUUGGAACAAUGGAACUCUUGCUUUGUCGCAGAAAUAUCUACUACGUAUUUAGGUUAAAUUAGAUUAGCCAUUUUGAAUGAAGACUUGGAUUGCAGUGCAACUAAGCAGUUUGGUAUAAUUGAUCAUUUUCAUUUCGUGUACUGAAUAUAUUGUAUUGAUUUAUAAGAAAUUUAUCUGUUAAACUUCAA